GUCGCGUCAGGGCUGGCCGGCGGCGGAGGAGGCGAUGGCAGCGGAUACUGAGCGGGCUUGAGGGCUCGGACCUGCUCCCUUCCGCGCGACCUCGAGCCCGACCCCGCGUUGCGGCCCCAGCUCGCUCCGCUCCGCUCCUGCUCCCUCCCCGACCGCUGCCUGGGAGGAGGCGGAGGCGGAGUCCCGGGCUGGCCGUCCUGUUCGCGCCCCGGCUCGGCCCCGGACAGCCCGGCAACUGUGCAAAGAGGAGGCCGAGUCGGUAGUGAAAAGAGAAUUCCGAAGAACAGGAUCUCAAGAUGAGUAAAAAGCCCCCAAAUCGUCCUGGAAUCACUUUUGAGAUUGGUGCUCGUUUGGAGGCACUGGACUACUUACAAAAAUGGUAUCCAUCACGAAUUGAAAAAAUCGACUACGAGGAGGGCAAGAUGUUGGUCCAUUUUGAGCGCUGGAGUCAUCGUUAUGAUGAGUGGAUUUACUGGGAUAGCAAUAGGUUGAGACCCCUUGAGAGACCUGCAUUAAGAAAAGAAGGGCUAAAAGACGAGGAAGACUUCUUUGAUUUUAAAGCCGGAGAAGAAGUUCUGGCUCGUUGGACAGACUGUCGCUAUUACCCUGCCAAGAUUGAGGCGAUUAACAAAGAAGGAACUUUCACAGUUCAGUUUUAUGAUGGAGUUAUUCGUUGUUUAAAGAGAAUGCACAUUAAAGCCAUGCCCGAGGAUGCUAAGGGGCAGUUUCUGUUCCAGGUGAAAUCCCAGCAUCCACUAAGCUGGUGUUGUCCUAUCGACCCAGCUGGAUCGUGUAACCAGUCUAUGGGAAGUGAGGAUUGGAUAGCUUUAGUCAAAGCAGCUGCUGCAGCUGCAGCCAAGAAUAAAACAGGGAACAAACCUCGGACUAGCGCUAACAGCAAUAAAGAUAAAGAGAAAGAUGAGAGAAAAUGGUUUAAAGUACCUUCAAAAAAGGAAGAAACUUCAGCUUCUAUAGCCACACCAGAAGUUGAGAAGAAGGAAGAUCUGCCCACAUCUAGUGAAACAUUUGUAGGACUUCAUGUAGAGAACAUUCCAAAGAUGGUCUUUCCACAGCCAGAGAGCACAUUAUCAAACAAGAGGAAAAAUAAUCAAGGCAACUCAUUUCAGGCAAAGAGAGCUCGACUUAACAAGAUUACUGGUUUGUUGGCAUCCAAAGCUGUUGGGGUGGAUGGUGCUGAAAAAAAGGAAGACUACAGUGAAACGGCUCCAAUGCUGGAGCAGGCGAUUUCACCUAAACCUCAAAGUCAGAAAAAAAAUGAAGCUGACAUUAGCAGUUCUGCCAACACUCAGAAACCUGCACUGUUAUCCUCAACUUUGUCUUCAGGGAAGGCUCGCAGCAAGAAAUGCAAACAUGAAUCUGGAGAUUCUUCUGGGUGUAUAAAACCCCCUAAAUCACCACUUUCCCCAGAAUUAAUACAAGUCGAGGAUUUGACGCUUGUAUCUCAGCUUCCUUCUUCAAUGAUAAAUAAAACUAGUCCUCCACAGCCUGUGAACCCCCCUAGACCUUUCAAGCAUAGUGAGCGGAGAAGAAGAUCUCAGCGUUUAGCCACCUUGCCCAUGCCUGAUGAUUCUGUAGAAAAGGUUUCUCCUCCCUCUCCAGCCACUGAUGGGAAAGUAUUCUCCAUCAGUUCUCAAAAUCAGCAAGAGUCUUCAGUACCAGAGGUGCCUGAUGUUGCACAUUUGUCACUUGAGAAACUGGGACCCUGUCUCCCUCUUGACUUAAGUCGUGGUUCGGAAGUUACAGCACCGCUAGCCCCAGAUCCCUCUUACCAUAAUGAAUGCCCCAGGGCAGAAAAGGAAGAUACACAGAUGCUUACAAAUCUUUCUUCCAAAGCAGUAACUGAUGGAAGAGGAGCUCCAACAGCAUCAGGAAUAUCGAAAACAGAAAAAAAAGUGAAAUUGGAAGAAAAAAGCUCAACUACAUUUGGUAAGAGAAAAGAAAAGGAUAAAGAAAGAAAAGAGAAGAGGGACAAAGAUCACUACAAACCAAAGCAGAAGAAGAAGAAGAAAAAGAAAAAGAAAUCUAAGCAGCAUGACUAUUCAGACUAUGAAGACAGUCCCCUAGAAUGUUUGGAAAGGUGCUCCUCUCCACUAACUCGAUCUUCCGGGAGUUCUCUGGCUCUACGCAGCAUGUUUACGGAGAAAAAUGCAACAUAUCAGUACCCAAGGGCAAUUUUGUCAGUUGAUCUUAGUGGUGAAAACUUAUCGGAUGUGGAUUUCCUAGAUGAUUCUUCAACGGAGAGUUUGCUCCUAAGUGGGGAUGAGUACAAUCAGGACUUUGAUUCAACCAAUUUUGAGGAAUCUCAAGAUGAAGAUGAUGCGCUUAAUGAAAUUGUGCGAUGCAUUUGUGAAAUGGACGAGGAGAACGGCUUCAUGAUUCAGUGUGAAGAGUGCCUGUGCUGGCAGCACAGCGUGUGCAUGGGGCUGCUGGAGGAGAGCAUCCCGGAGCAGUACCUCUGCUACAUCUGCCGGGACCCUCCAGGUCAGAGAUGGAGCGCAAAAUAUCGUUAUGAUAAGGAUUGGUUGAAUAAUGGGAGAAUGUGCGGAUUAUCAUUUUUAAAAGAAAACUACUCUCAUCUCAAUGCCAAAAAGAUAGUUUCCACACACCACCUGCUUGCUGAUGUCUAUGGUGUUACGGAAGUCCUGCAUGGGUUACAGCUGAAGAUCGGAAUCCUAAAGAAUAAACAUCAUCCUGACCUUCGUCUCUGGGCUUGUUCUGGGAAGAGGAAAGAUCAAGUAAUUGCUGGGGUGGAAAAAAAACUAAUGGUGCAAGACACAGUUAAUGUGGAAGAAAAGAAGUAUCAUGUACAGAACCAUAAAGAACCACCUCGUUUGCCCCUAAAAGUGGAGGGAACUUAUAUAACAAGUGAACACAGCUACCAAAAGCCACAAAGUUUUGGUCAAGACUGCAAAACUCUCGCAGACCCUGGGAGCUCAGAUGAUGAUGAUGUUAGUAGUUUUGAAGAAGAACAGGAAUUUCACAUGAGAGAUAAAAACCGUUUACAAUACCCAGUAAAAGAAGAUGGAAAGCCCGGAAAGAAGAAUUCAGCUGAAAGGAAUACAGUAUUUGUUUAUAAUGAUAAAAAGGGCACUGAAGACCCGGGAGACUCACAUCUUCAGUGGCAACUCAAUCUCCUUACACACAUAGAGAAUGUGCAGAAUGAAGUCACCAGCAGGAUGGACCUGAUAGAAAAAGAAGUUGAUGUUCUGGAAAGCUGGCUUGAUUUCACAGGGGAGUUGGAGCCACCUGAUCCUCUCGCGAGGCUGCCCCAACUUAAACGCCACAUCAAACAGCUCCUAAUUGACAUGGGCAAAGUACAACAAAUAGCAACUCUCUGCUCUGUAUGACAGCAGUGAACACCUAAUGCAAAGAAUGUGGCUCUGUUCAGUCGACUAAUUUUUAUUAUCCACACAGCUGCUAAGUGGAUAGUUAAAAAGCUUAGUGAUGUUUGGUCAUUACUGAUUUGUGACAUCAAUAGGAUGGCACCUUGGAAAGGAAAAUGAAGAACAGCUUUAUCAAGGAAGCUAAUAUUAAAAAAAUUUAUGAACUAGAUACAAAUGAUAACGUGUCAUAUGCCAAGGAUCAGUGGAGGUAGAAUAUAAUCUAUGCUAAGGGAAUCAGAUUGGCAGGAGUUUUGAAUAGUUACUAACAUGAAGCUCGAGAUACCUGUAGAAAGAAAUAUGGUGUAUUACAUAGUUUUUAGUAGAAAGAUCUAUGUUUAUAAACCAACAUUUGGCCCAAACCAAAAUUGUAGAGGAAAUUUAAAUUCUGGAGAGUUCUAUAAGCUUGUUGUAAGAACUGUCUUCUCUGCAGUUGAUCUAGCUGCACUGAAGUUUAGAGUAUUGAAACUUUUAUAGGAUCAUGAGCUGUUUCUUAGGUGAUGAAUGUCCUUAAUCAGAAAACUGACAGUAGAAGUCUCACUUCUGAGGAAAACAGUUGUGGAAUUCUUACUUCAUUAUGAAUAUAUUGUAAAAACAAACAGCAAAAUAAUUGGAGUUUAUUGCUGGCAUUAAGCUCACUGUAAAAAACAGAAUGGCUCGCACAAGGGUCAGUGUGCCAAAUGAUGAUGUUACUGCUGGAAAGAGAAUUUUAAAUCCUGUGGGAGUUCUCUCACCCAAGUCUUACAUAAUGCCAUCAGCCCAUCAGAAACGCAUAUAUCACAUAUACUAUAUAGAGAAUAUAUGUAGUCAAAUUUCAGUAUUCAGGUUUCAACGUACAGUUUGAUCCUGAGUAUGCUUGGUUUUUGCCUUCAGAAAAAAAGAAGUUGUAAAUAACCUCAGCUGGGAUGAGGAGUGACAAAAAUAUCUAAAUAAUUUGUGGCUGUGGAUUUUUUAACUGCUGGUAGUGGAAUACUGGAAAAGCUUCAUUUCUGAAGAUGAAUUUUAUUUUUAAAAAAUACAUACGCACUCAAAACUCUUAGCUUUGAUCACAAAUGGACAGAUUUCUGAAACCAAAGGCAACUCAGUUGCUGUGUCAGCUCUUGCUGGAUUUCGAGCCCAGGCCCUCCCGUCUGCCAGUGCUCUUGUGAGUUGUGUGCUGCCCCCAGUGCUCUGCGUGCAGGUAUGCGUUAAGUGUGUGUGCUUGUUUGAAACAAACACUCAACGUACAUAUGUACAUAAUCUACACAUAUUUAUAUCUACACAUAUCUAGUUUUAUUACUAUAGACUAUAAGAAUUGGUGGUUAACAUGAAAUGUUACCUUUUAACAGACUGUUUUUAAAAAUUAAAAAUGUAUGUACAGGUUUUGAAACUUUUUUAAAAAGGAAAAAAGACUGUUAGGAGGCUAUUUGAUGACAUAUAACACUUGAAUAUUUUAUGCCUCGUUCUGUUUAUCAGUUCUAGCAAUCUGUAUAAAUGCAUUUUAGAACUGAUGGACAGUAAACUUGAAUUUAUCUUUGAUAAGAAUACAUGCCACUGUACAUUCAGAUAUUAUUUAAAUUUGCAAACACACUGUUCUAUAUGUAAGGUACUGUAUGUAAAACUCUUUAUUAAAACAAUUCCACAUAUCAUAAAAUUUCAGCUUGCCUUUUUGCAGCCUUAUAUUUUGAUGUAAAGAUGAUUAAAAGAAUGUGCAAAACAGUCAUUAGACAUUUUUAUUGCCUUUUGACAUUCUCCAACUUGACAAAUGUGCCAAAGAUCACAGACAUAAAAUACAGCCCUGUGUAUUUACUUAUGAUACAUUAACUUUGUCAAAAAUCUUACUGAGAAAUGAAAAGCUUUAGUAGAGGGAUAUGAAGUAGCUAUUAAAUUUGCAUAUUAAAGUAAAAAUAAUAGUGCCUAUAUUUCAUGUGUGGAGUAAAUUU